AGCGGGCGGCUCUGCCCCAUCCUGCCGCAUCGGGAACAUGGCGGCCGCCUCCGAUCUGGUGCGGCACCGCGGCUCGGCCGCAGCCGCCCGCCCCGCGAAGUUCUGGGUUUCUUGUUUUAAUACCGUGGCUAUGAGUGUAUCUUCUGUGAGAAAGUCUUGAUUGCGUGUGCUGUCACAGGGAGUGGGAAGUGGCAGUUCUGCAGCUGGCUUCUCGCAGUUCUCUCCCACACUGAAGUUUGUUUUAAUGUGGAAGUGGAUCUUACAGCAUAAUGUAAAUCAAACAAGCAAAGGAAAAAAGGAUGUCCAAAGUGGUCUUCCUGGAUUUUGACAAAGGACCAUUGCAGGAAGCCAUGGAUAUUAGUUUAUAAAUGUACUUAAUGGACAGACCAGCAAUAUGGAUGAUUUAGAGAUAAAUACUGAAGUCACUGGUGCUAAAGAAGAAGAAAUCCUAUGUGAUGAUAAUUUUGUGUCUGAGGAAGAAGGUGGCAUUCCUAAACCAGAAGAGAGUGACACGUCAUUUCAGAAGAACAGCACAUUGACUCUGACUGAGGAGCUAUCAAGGGACAGAUCUGAAAAAGCCUUAAGUGGAGGCCAGGCUUCUCUGUUUAUACACACUGGUGCUCCUACUGUUUCUAGUGAAAACUUCAUGUUGUCUAGAGGAACUGCUGUUAAUGGACCAGUUUCACACUCCACCUCAACAAAGACUUCCAUUAUGAAUAAAGGCAGUGUUUCGUUAACCACUGGACAGCCUGGAGGUCAUCUUGCAGAUUCCUGCUCAACUUUGACAGUGGUUCAUGAUCUUCAGCUGCCUGCAAAGAGUGCAACACAGAAAUCAAAUCAGCACCAAGUUUUAUUUUUGUUACCUGAUGUAGCACAUGCUAAGAACCUGACUCAUUCCAUUAAAAAUCUACCUACCUCUGCUUCAAUUGGUUGUGAUUCACAGAAAACAGUAGGAAAUAGUGUAGAUAGCACUUUAGUAGGCCAAGUAGAAGUUUGUGAGGAUGAUAAGAAUUUACUAUUAAAAGAUGAUUGUGUCGAUACAUUAACAGGCAUUUCCUCAGGUACAGGUGGCUUCAGAUCGGGAUGUGAUCCCAGCUGGGAUCCGCAAAAAGAGUUUAUACAGUUUCUCAUGACAAAUGAAGAAACAGUAGAGAAGUCUCCCAUUCACUGUAAGGUAGGGCUAGAAAAGAAGCGAAAAAGGAAAAUGGAUGUUAGUAAAAUAACACGCUAUACUGAAGACUGUUUUGAUGAUACCAGUUGUAUUCCUAGUAAAUCAAAACUAUUAAAUGUUGAAUUUUUAGAGCAGAAUGAGGAGCUGCAAAUAGUAGAACCACAGAAAUAUUCGUUGAGUAAAGUAAAGCCUGAAUCCACAGAUGAAGAGCUGGAAACGGUUGAUGCUAUCCAGCAGCUCAUUUAUAGUCCCACUAGUAACUGUGCAGAAGAUACUUCUCCUGUUCACACUAGCACUUUUCUAUCCAAUACUUUGAAAAACAAAUGUGAAGAGAAUGAUUCUGAACCGCCAUCUACUUUCAGUACUGAUGAACCAUCAUUUUAUCCCUGUACAAAGUGCAAUGUGAAUUUUAGAGAGAAGAAACAUCUGCAUAGGCAUAUGAUGUACCAUUUAGAUGGGAACAGUCAUUUUCGGCAUCUCAAUGUCCCCAGGCCCUAUGCUUGUAGGGAAUGUGGAAGGACAUUUCGGGAUCGUAAUUCACUUCUUAAACAUAUGAUAAUUCACCAGGAAAGAAGGCAGAAACUGAUGGAAGAAAUCCGUGAGCUGAAAGAACUUCAGGAUGAGGGUAGGAGCGCACGGUUACAAUGCCCACAGUGUGUAUUUGGUACCAAUUGUCCCAAAACAUUUGUGCAGCAUGCAAAGACCCAUGAAAAAGAUAAAAGAUACUACUGUUGUGAGGAAUGCAAUUUCAUGGCCGUGACAGAAAAUGAACUGGAAUGCCAUCGAGGGAUCGCUCAUGGAGCAGUAGUCAAAUGUUCAAUUAUUGGUAGCGACUUGUCCCAGAGAAAAACUCAGAAAAAGGCAUCCUUGAAAGAUCCUUAUUUAGGAUCCUCAAGAAAGUCAUCAACAUAUAUGUGUAAGUUGUGUCCGUUUGCUACUUCAACUAGAAGCAUUUUAAAAAAACACAUGGCAUAUUUGCAUUCAGCAUCAUGCGUUGAUCCCUUUGGUAGUCAUCUUAGACUAGAGAAAAGAAAAGGCAGCAUAAUAGAAGAAUCUUUAGAUUUUCGUAGCAGGACGAAACAGUUGAUGAAACAUUCUUCUACUUUUCCAAAGAACUCUGCUUUAAAACAGGAUGUAAAAAGAUCAUUUGGCUCUACUUCACAGUCCAGUAACUUCGCAAAACUUCACAAGAGACCCUACAGGAUACAGAAGGCUCGGAAAAGCGUUUCACAGUCAUCUGUAAGUGUGUGCAAUCUAAAUUCUACAAACAAGAACUUUUUUAUUAGAAAUAGCAUUGACCAAAAACGUAAAUGUUUUCAUCAAGCAGCAAAGCAGAAAGCUAGUGCCAAAAAAAGUAAUUAUUUAUAUAGACACAAAUAUGAAAACUACAGGAUGAUUAAAAAAUCUAGUGACUCUUACCCUUUGCAUUUAAAAAAGGAAGAGUCCAAAUCUGUCAGUGCUUUGCAUUUAUUUUCUUCAUCAAGUAAUAAUUGUUUUGUCAUGGAUUCAAAUAGCCUUGAUUGCAAAUGGGCAGAAGGCUGUAAAGAUCAUAGGCAUGUAGCUGUAAAAAGAGUGGUUAAAGAAUCCAAGAGGGAAGGCUCUGUUACAGGAGAUGAUUUGGAUUGCUAUCCAGAUUUUCUGCAUAAAAUGACUGUUGUUGUUUUACAGAAACUAAACUCUGCUGAAAAAAAAGACAGCUAUGAAACGGAGGAUGAAAGUUCAUGGGAUAAUGUUGAACUAUGUGAUUACACUACACAGUCUGUGGAGGAUGAAUCUUACAAUGAUAUUAAUCAGGAGCAUGUAAACCUAUUCCCCAUAUUCAAAGGUAAAAUGGAAGAUAAUGAAGCUGGUGAUAAAUCUUCACUUGGUUACGAGCAGAAUGAUGGCUUUUAUUUUGAGUAUUACGAAGAUGCGGAGGGUAGUAACUUCUUGCAUGAUUUGCAUGAUCCUCAGAAUUUAGAAAAUGUAGGAUCAGCAUUGCCAAAGCAUAAUUCAGUUUUCCACUGGACUGAUUUGUCGCUUGAAAAGAAGUCCUGCCCGUACUGUCCAGCAACCUUUGAAACAGGUGUUGGCUUGUCCAAUCAUGUCAGAGGACAUCUUCACAGAGCUGGACUAAGCUAUGAAGCCCGCCAUGUUGUUUCACCAGAACAGAUAGCAACAAGUGACAAAAUGCAGCAUUUUAAAAGAGCUGGAACAGGGACUCCUGUUAAACGUGUUAGAAAAGCAAUUGAGAAAUCUGAAACUUCCUCUGAGCAUACAUGUCAGCUCUGUGGUGGCUGGUUCGAUACUAAAAUUGGAUUGUCUAAUCAUGUGCGAGGACACCUGAAGAGGCUUGGCAAAACCAAGUGGGAUGCACACAAGUCUCCCAUCUGUGUUCUGAAUGAGAUGAUGCAAAAUGAAGAAAAGUAUGAAAAAAUCCUAAAGGCUUUGAACAGUCACCGUAUUAUUCCCAGACCAUUUGUUGCUCAGAAAUUUGCAUCAAAUGAUGACUUUUUAUCUCAGAAUGUUAUACCUCUUGAAGCAUACCAUAAUGGCCUAAAGACUGAAGAUAUAUCUGUGUCUGCAUCGGAGGAAGAAGGGCUGAGUUUCCUAAAUGAAUGUGAUGAAACAAAAGCAGUACUACAUGAUGAAAAAAGAAAUCAGUCGCUUACACUGAUAGAACUCCUGAAAAGCAAGAGAUUAGGAGAAGAAAGGAAUCCUGAUAUUUCCCCUCAAAAGAUUCAUAAUCAAACUGCAAGAAAGAGGUUUGUUCAGAAAUGUGUUCUUCCAUUAAAUGAAGACAGUCCAUUGAUGUAUCAGCCACAAAAAAUGGACUUGACUAUGCAGUCAGCUUUAGACUGUAAGCAAAAGAAGUCAAGGUCAAGAUCUGGAAGCAAGAAGAAAAUGCUGCCGUUACCUCAUAGUGCUGAUGAAGUUUACAUACUCAGAUGCAGGUUUUGUGGUCUGGUCUUUCGAGGACCUUUGUCUGUUCAAGAAGACUGGAUAAAGCACUUGCAGCGACACAUUGUCAACGCAAAUCUUCCACGGACUGGAGCUGGCAUGGUUGAAGUCACAUCACUACUUAAAAAGCCUGCUUCAAUUACUGAAACUUCAUUUUCUUUACUGAUGGCAGAAGCAGCAUCAUAGAACACAGAAACAUUUUAAAUUUUAAUUGGAUGUAAAUUUGAAAUAGUUAAUCAUUUUUUAAAAUAAAUUGCUACACUAAAUUAUGUUUAUAAAUGCUAAAGACAGAAAACAGAGGAAGUGGAUUACAGUAACAUCAAAAUAAAUUGAAUACCUAACAGUUACAGUAAGUAGUCUUUAUAUUUUAUAUAGGGUGGAAGAUGUGUUUUUAAGGUUUAUUAUGUUUUUGUCAGUUACUGUGUUCACUAUCAAUACAAGACCAUUAUAUGUAUGGCAGCCAUUUUUAAAUUGUUGCACAUGGGUACUUAAAAGACAGAUUUUAAUAAAACAAAGAAACCACAUUCUCUUCAGUGUUACCCAAAUCAAGGCUCUGUUUAUUCCAAAAAGAAUUACAUAGUAAAAUAAGAUACUAUUAUAUUUUGUUUGUAUGUAUGUAGUGUUUUGUAUAAUACCAAGAACUGCUAAUACAAUUUACUCAACUUAGGGCAUUAAAUACCAUGUACUUCAUAGUUCAAGAGACUGUUUUGUUCAAAUAGGGCAAUUAGUACUAUUCUAUCUAGGUGUGUAAGUGUUUUUUUUUAAAUCACAUGAGGCUUUUUGUACUAAAAAGUGGAGGGAAACUUGUUUAAACAAAUUUCUAAGAGAAAUAUGUACAUAAUACUGGAAAUUUGUGGUAAGGAAAUAUUCUUUACUUCAGUUGCAUUUCUCACUGACAAUAAAGUGGUGCAUCCAUGCUACCUCCUACUUGUCAACAAAGAUGGUAUUUACCCUUAUGUUUUUGUAUCAUAGUAGAUUCAGUCCAACUUUCUUUAUUACAAAGCAUCUUUUUGUUAACAAGUUUGUUACUUUUAUGACAAUUUACUUAAAGUCUGACUUGCUUCCAGAAGUUUGCCUCUACUAUUUUAUUUAACACAGUAGAAAUAUACUAAUAAGCAUUGCUCACUACACGGUUAGAGUAGGCUUUUCAUUUAUAAUUCUGUUUAAAAGAUUGAUCAUUUUAGAAAAUUCAAACACAGAUUGAAAUGUUUCUACAUAUGAAGAGAAUGUUUACAACUUAAAUUUUAGAGCUUGUUUUGGAUGUGAUUAUAUGUAUGAAAACUGUAACACUAUGCUCAUGCUAAGGACCUACUUACAGAUUUAUUGAAAUAAAUGUGCUGUGAGGAUGGAAAUAUGGUGCAGGUGUCUUGGUCAUGAUGAAUCGUGUUUGUUCAUUUAAACUGUCUUCAGAACAUGAUUUUUGUUUAAAUCAAAUUAGAUUCCUCUACAAAUCAAUUUUGUAUGCAAGUAACAUUUCAUUUUACUCAUAUAGGGUAACAGAUACUGUAGUUAAGCCAAGGAUAUGCAUUGAUAUUUUCUUUAUAUGUAAAUAAAGUUAAAAGCAGUUAAAGCAAGAGGAGUAUUUUGGUAGAGUAUAUACAUACCUCACUGCCAGUGAAAUUGCUUUCCUAUGGUAUAUCUCCUUACCAGAAAAAUCUCUAAAUAAAAAGGUUUAAAGAAAAUCUAAAUGUCUAUAAUGUGAAGCAUUUAUUUGCAUUGUGUGAAUUAAGUUUGUGGAAUUGAUUUGUCUUGCUUGAGAUUAGAAUCUUCUCAUGAUCUUAAGUAAAAGUACAUUUACUUGCAAUAAACUGAAUUGUUCACAGACGCAUUACAUUUGAUUGGUGGAAAGUAUGAAUAAAUGUCUGUCUUCCUGGAUGCACAGAGUUCAGAGUUAACACAUGAGGCUUGUUAAUGUUCUGAUAGAAUAGAUGGGCUAAAAAUGCACAGUUGUGCAAGACAGAGGCCUCAGACAAGGCCAUCCUAGCUCUGUCAAGGCUAUCAUUAAAUUAGUGCUGUCAGGUGUUUAACUGUACAAAUUGCUACAGUUAUGUUUAGCUUUCUUGUUGAAAUUUAUUCUCUUGUAAGUGGAAAAUCUACAUGGUUACAUUUAAAGGCUGGAGGAAUAAAUACUUCAGAGAUUUUAGAAAAGAUAACUGGGAUACUGAAGUGUAUUGCAGACAAAUUAUGUGUAUGCAGACUAACAAAUUUCUGAAUUUGUGGAUACUUGUGGGACUUUUUUAUACGAUGUGAAAAUGGAAGAUUUAAAGCAAUGUGUUGAAGCAGAAUAGAGGGAAGUGAUCCAUCACCUUGAAUGUUUAUAAUGCUUUAAUAGAGUGCUUGUUUACCCUUCUCACCAAAAAAGGUGCUUGUGAGAGCACCGUAUUUUGUGGCUGUUUAGCAAAAGAAAAAAUCAAUUAAGUGCAAAUGAUAUUUAUCUAAUGUUGUUAAGAAUGCUUGUAAGGUGAAGCCAUACUGUGCAGAAUUUUGCAUUAGCAAAAAACUCUUACUAGAUUCAUAAUAAUAAUUUUUAAAACCCUGGUUAAUUCUGUUUAAUUCAUUAAACCCCAAUUGCGAGCUACUUUAUGUAAUACUAAGAUGUAAUGUUGUGUCUGAAGAGCAGUGAGCUCUAGGGCUGAUCAGUUUCCAAAAUGAGAUUCUAUUGAUGAGGAGCAAUUUUCAGUGACAGGCUGUGUGCCCUGCUGGCAUCAGAUCGUUGUGAUCAUAUAGUUCAAAAAAUAUGUAGGAGUUCUAGAACUCUUCUGAUUAUUAAAUUAAUUGCAUAUGUGGUUGAUACAGGCUGAAUAAUCUUAAAAAAAAAUAGAGUACAAUUAGCUGUCUUUAGCCUCUAGUCCUCAAGUGGGGCUAUUUAUUUUCUUGGUUUCUGUUGUUUGGAAGUACAGGUAUUUUUUGUCACUAGCUACAAGGAAAUAUAAAUCUUCCUCUCUGGAGUUAGCAAAAUUCUAAAUAAUAUGAUAGAAGAGGGGAAAUUAAAUCAGUCACUUUGUGAUGCCAAUUCAAUGUUACGUUGCUUGAGCGGCUCUGUGGCAGUCUGUGCUGAAGAGCUGGACUUCCAGAGUUGCACAUCUAAACACGAGUGUUAGUCUGUUCAGGUUGGCUUAGAUUGCUUUGGGGUAAAGACUGCAGUGGCACAGUGAUUUUUGUUUGGUUGAUUUUGGUUCUUUAUCACAGUCUUGUUUUUGAAGUUAUCCUAGUUUCUGGUAAAGGUCUCUUAAGCAGUAGCCUCGGGAAGACUGUAGAAGACCACCCCCAUACACUUUUCAUAAGGUGAUGGCCUAUAUUCCCUAGUCCCAGUGAUAUUUCCAAAUUCUCUUCAAAAAUUAAAACUGCUUGCAUUCCUUGAGAAGAUGUUUCUGCAGAACCUUGGACAGGUGAUUAAUUUAAAGUGCCCGUGGUAGCUGCUGCCAAGUGGUAGUGUGUUCAGGCUGGGUGCGUGGGAAAUGGAGGUGAGCAGACAACACGCGUUGUCGCACAGAGAUCCCUGGGCAUUUACUGCGGUUUGCCCUGUGCUGCCUCAUGUGGACUGGGGGAACUGUAUGAGGUGGAUUGCUCCCACGGGCUGAGGGAGCCCAGCUCUGCCCGCAGAUCCAGCUUCUCCUCGGGGCUCGCCUUCCCCAGGCAGCAGCGUCAGGAAAUGAGCUGCUGGCUCCUCCCGGUGGGAGAGGAAGGACCUGAGCGUAGGUGUCGGUAGCUGUUGGGGAGCGAGAGCGAGCGCGGCCAUGCCGAAGGUGGGCACUGUAGCAGGCGGGUGCGAGCCCUGGGCCAGGCGGGGUUGGGUUUGAGCUGUGUGCCUGCGCUAAUUCCUGCUGUUUCAGCCAUGUUCAGGGAAAUCGCCAAGCUCUUUGAGGUAAGUGGAUCACAGGAGAAACACGAGUUCUGAAUUGGGGUUCAGAGAAGAGCAGCCAAAGUUUCUACAGGUCAGUGUCACAGGACUGAGAUGGGGAGAUGCAGUGCUGUUCUGACUGUGAUGCUUUUCCUGGGCCAGUUACGGUUCUAGAUUUCCUGCAGUGCUUUAGAGGGGUUAUGCAUUAAAUCUACCUGAUUCUGAAAACCUAUAGAAGAUAAAUUGGGCUGAACAAAUGUGGAAACAUUAGCAGUGAAUAAGAAGUACUUGCUUUUAACUGAGUGGUUAUGGGCUGUGAACAAAGCCUCUUUAGUUCAGCACUAUGGUUAACAGACUUUUCCACUUUUUAUAAUAGUAGUUAGUGGCCUGGAUAUUUAAACACCAAUUUCAUAUUUAAAAAAUUGAUUUGUAUAGCUUUGAGUUUGUUUAAAGAAACAACCCAAACUUUUCAGGGUGGUACUUACUUUAAAAAGCUGACUGCAUUAUGAUUUCAGAUAUUUCAAUCCACCAUGCUUUGUAGGUGCUGUUGCCUGAUACAUGGGUAGCAAUUGUGAUGUAAUGGAAACAUUUGGCCGUAGUGCCAGGUUUGUAAUCUCUUGCAAUAAAAUGUUCCUUUUUAACACUGCA